UUUGCUUCAUAAUUUCGUUUCCUUUCUUUCAUUCCAAAUUUCAUUCUGAUCAAAUCAUUUUGUUGAAAAGCCUAAAGGACGUAACACCAACCUAUCUCUAUAUUAAACGAAAACUCCCUUCAUAUGACCACUACUGCAGCACCAACGUCUGGCCUGCAGGCGACCGAGCCGUCGCACUUCCGCUUUCACAAGAUCUACUCCACCGCUGUCCAGGCAUAUCUCCCGGGCCAAGACUCUGAAGCUGCCUACGACAAUAGCGCCCGGCCCAAGAAUCUUGAUUACUAUGCAGAUCUUGUUAUUGUGUUUAGAUACAGCAUACCCGGAAAAGGCGUCUCCAAGGCAGACUAUGAGCAAAAGACUAUCAAAGCAUACCAAAGAGUGCUCCAAAAGUUAGACCGUGUCGGACUCCAGCACGAGACUCGCCCGGGGAACAAUAAUACUCUCUUCAUCUUCAUUAUCUGCCCUUGGACCGUCUUGAAACGUGAAGCAACACGCAGCAGUAUCCAAGAUUGGCUAGCAGGUGUCAAAGUUGCUGACACAGAAGAAACAGAGCAGCUACUCAAACCAGCAAAGUCGCGCGAUAAUUCUUUGGAUAGUAUCAGUGAUUCAGACCGUAUCCGCCUUAUUACGGAUCUCAUCUCUGGAUUGCCUGGAGAAGGAGGCGCAGGAAUUUAUCCUGGUCAAGAUGAGUACGUUGAAAGUAUCCUGCCUCUUCAUGACAAAGCAUUCAACAAGGCCUGGCUCAAAUCCUGGUCAACAAAAUGGAUUGUGAAGGAGGACGACCUCUCAAAAGUCAGAGGUCAGUUUGGUGAGAAGGUGGCCUUCUACUUUGAGUUCCUACAGUUUUAUUUCCAAUGGCUGACAGCACCCACAAUUCUUGGAGUGGUCGUCUAUUACUUGGGAUCGCCUUUCUCCAUCUUUUACGGAAUUUUUGUGAUCUUGUGGUCUGUCCUGUUUACAGAGUGUUGGAAACGUCGGCAGAAGGAACUCUCGCUCUUGUGGGGGGUCCGCCAUGUAUCCAAAACUGAGACGAGGCGGCCUGCUUUCAAGGGUGACACUGAGAAACGUGACCCAGUGACAGGGGAGAUACUACCAUUCUUCUCGCCCUGGAAGCGAUGGUCACGAAAGCUGGCUGGAGUCCCUAUCGUCAUUGGGGGUGCAUUAGCUUUGGCUGCUGUGAUUACCACUGUAUUCAGCAUAGAAGUUUUUCUGACAAUCUACUACGAUGGGUAUAUGAAGAGUAUAUUAAUUUAUCUGCCUAUGGCUCUAUACUCACUUGCUAUUCCCAACGUAGCAGCGCUGUGCAAAACUAUCUCCCGACGCUUGACCGAUUACGAGAACUACGAGACACAUGCCAGUUAUGAAUACCAUUUGAUGCAGAAGGUCUUCAUUUUCAAUGCUCUUACGAGUUACAUGUCGAUCCUGUUGACGGCAUAUGUUUACAUUCCAUUCGGACCUGAGGUCAUCUCCACCUUCCAGAGCUACGGUAUCUCGUUUUCUAAGGCAACCAUAGACUCAGCCAUGUUGCAGAAUCGUCUCAAGGCCUUUAUGAUCACUACACAAGCCAUCUCGUUCGUCACGGAGACGAUUGUACCAUGGUUGACUAGGCGUGCUGUGACAAAGGCAGCUAAGCUCCAACAGGGUUUAAAUAAAGAAAAAGGAUCUUCCAGCGCUCUUUCAGUGGUCGAUGAACAGGACUCUGAGGAAGCCAAAAAGUUUUUGAAACGUGUGCAGAAGCAAGCAGACCUGCCUACAUACGAUGUCAAUGAAGAUUAUGCCGAGAUGGUUUUGCAGUUUGGAUAUGUGUCGCUGUUCAGUGUGAUCUGGCCGUUGACAGGUCUUUGUGCAUUUGUCAAUAAUUGGAUCGAGUUAAGAUCUGAUGCCGCCAAGAUCAGCUAUAAUGCUCGUCGCCCAAUCCCCUCGCGAGCAGAUUCAAUUGGACCCUGGGUUGACAACCUUCAGCAUAUCACUUGGUUCUCAUCCUUGACCAAUGCAUCGAUCCUCUAUCUUUUCCAUGGCUCGGAUGGCCAUGGAGUCCGUUUGAGUCUGGGCAUGCUCCUGCUGUGUUUGUUGAUCUCUGAGCAUACAUAUCUGGGGCUGAGGACAUUUGUGGGCAUGGUCCUGGACAGUAUCCCAACGAAGGCAGAAUUGGGUGUGCGUAGGAAGGAAUUUGGUGUCAAGAGCAACUGGUUAUCGCGGUUGAGUGAUAGUAUUGGUGUGACUUCGGUUGAGGGCAUUGCAGUCAAAGGGCUUGCAAGACGGUCGUUUGAAGCAGAUGUAGUGAUGGCGCAGACAUCCGAGGCCACAGUAGGAGGAGUAGCUCUUGGGAACGACAUUGGCAUCCAGGCAAUCCGAUCUAGCCUUAAGACUCACUAAGAAAAAAAAAAAAAACGCGUUGUUUGGAAUAUGACAUGACGCCAUAACUGUUUCACGGUUCAUGUUUGUCUAGGAGGAUAGGAUAAAGAGCCG